AACGGGCGCUCGCGCAGUCAGUGGCCCGCAAGACGCCGCGACGCGCGCUCCGCUCCACGAGCCGCUCGAUCCCACGACGCACCCGACUCAUUUUCCGAACGCACUUAACUCACUCUAUUACAGAUGCGAACGAAAAUACCAAUUUAUUGAAUUAAAAUAAAGAGGAUUAUUUAUAAAAUCGUCUCUAAUAGAGGAAUCGAAAUUCAAAUAAUAAAACACGUGUUUAUAUAUAGUUGGCGCGAACAGAAUACGGUGUUUUCUGAACCAUUUUUUUUUCACUUACGAGUGAAUAAAUAAUUAGCGGGCGACAACGUCGCGAUAAAUUUCACUUUUUACCGGCAAAUAUCUUCGCGUCUACGGACUGUCUAUACUUAAUGGAACGGAGAUUACACCAAUAAUCCAAGUAGUGUAUGAUGCCAAACCAGCUCAGAAGACGGAUGAUGAGUACAUUAUCAAUAUCCAACUACAAGCAUAAAGCUUCGUAAAUGUUACGACGAAAAUUAUUAGGACAGUCCUUUUGUCGGUAAUAGUGUGGUGACAUAAAAGUGAAUUUUUAAGACUUAUAUUUUUAAACGUGGACUCAAAAUGGGCGUAAAUGAGUUUCGGGUGCUCAGAAAGAUGGAUGUGCGGUGUUCGUUGUUCAAACUGUUAUUGUUCCAAAUGUUGGUGGCUUGGUGUGCCGCCAAGCACGUCACGAUAGACCUUACGAAGUCCACUGGAGACGCGGACAAGGAUGUUCAAGAUACCAUAAAGAACCUAUUACAUACUGGUAUCUACUCCCAUCGACACCUCGACGCGUCAAAAGUGCAAGUGGUCCACCCUGUAAAGGUGACGAGGUUCGGUGAGCUGGUCUCGCAUGCUGUGGACCAUUCGCACGCGCAUGGCCAUGCCCGCGCUCGAAGGGAUCUUCACUUCACGGAACAACAUCAGCCGCACGUCGUGCAUUAUAAUCUCACAGUUGAUGGAAGAGAACUCAGGCUGGACCUGAGGCCAUCAGUAACCUUCAUAACUCCAGCGAUGGUGGUGGAGCGACGGCGCGUGGACGGCUGGACUCGCUCACAGCCACACCCUGACGCCACCUCGUGCCACUACACCGGCUCGAUCCAAGGACAGCCAGCUUCUAGCGUCGCGCUCUCAGCUUGUGAUGGACUUGCAGGCCUCUUGAGAACGGAACAUGGAGAGUACUGGAUUGAGCCGUCCAACCAAAAGCCAAACGACAGCUCUGAAGCGAGGCCGCACGUUAUAUUCAAAAGAUCUGCAGUUGACAAAGUUGAAGCGUGGCACAGAGCUAAGAGAGAAGUAGACAGCAGGACAAGAAGUAACACUCAAAUCAAUAGAAAUAGUCAUGAGAAGAAUACACAACAUUAUAACAAACGACCACGACAAAACGCUAAUAGACGAUAUCGCGAAAGCAAGGAAGCAAUGGACAAGCGUAGGAGAGAAUACUUGGAACAGAGGCGGAGAAGAAUGGAAAUGAUGAGAAAAAAUCCUGCGGAAUACAGAAGGCAUCAACACAUUCUCCGCAUGGAAGAAAGGAGGCUACAAUCUAACUCGAGAAGUCAUUCGGUCGAAAGUAGCAAAUCUGCAGACCAGGCAUCUUUGGAAGCAAGGAGGAGGAACCGCAAUAGGUUAGCAGACCAAAAGAGGUUGCAGAGAAUCAGGAACAGGCGACGAAGACGAAGAUCGACUAAUUGCGCAACGAAGCAACCGUCAUACCUGUGGCGAAAGCAAAACAUGCUGCGACAAGAAACAACACGACAGAACAACGAUUAUACUAACAAGAUGCAGGGCCAUCCUCGUAACUCGCAUCAUCACAAUCUGGCUCACUCACGCGAUGGCGCAAGGCGCAGCACUCGCUCCGUGAGCAAGCCACGCCAUGUCGAAGUUUUAUUGGUCGCCGACAAAACUAUGACCGAAUUCCACGAACAGGGUAGUCUAGAAACUUACCUGCUUACCAUCAUGAAUAUGGUGUCGUCCCUUUACAUGGACCCUUCGAUCGGUAAUUACAUAAAAGUGGUGGUCGUUAAGAUCAUCUUGGUAGACCAAAUAGAAGCUGCCCCCGAUCUAGAGGUAACAACGAAUGCUGACAUUACCCUGGCGUCAUUCUGUCGCUGGCAACACAUGUUAAACCCUGAAGACGACGACAACCCUCACCACCACGAUGUUGCCAUACUCGUGACACGGCAAGACAUCUGCAGCCAGCACGACGCUCCUUGUAGCACACUGGGCGUGGCGCACGUGGCGGGGAUGUGCAAGCCGGACCGCAGCUGCUCCGUCAACGAGGACAACGGCAUCAUGCUGGCGCACACCAUCACGCACGAGCUGGGACACAACUUUGGACUUUACCACGACACUGAGAAGAUCGGCUGCCAUCGUCGCGAAGGUUCAACUCUUCACAUCAUGACGCCUAUCUUCGAAGCUGACACAGUCCAGGUGGCCUGGUCGAGAUGCAGCAAGCGUGACGUCACCAACUUCUUAGACGCGGGAUUGGGUGAGUGUCUGAGUGACCGUCCUUCUCAAGAGCCUACGUAUGUUUACCCCGAAGUCCCAGCUGGUGUAACGUUCGAUGCAGCUAGUCAAUGUCACUGGCAGUUCGGACCCGACGCAGUCGUGUGCUCGAAGCCAGGAGAACUGUGUGAACGUCUGUGGUGUCAAGUCAGUAACACGUGCAAGACGCUACUGCGCCCCGCCGCGCCCGGAACCACUUGCGGAGAAGAUAUGUGGUGUCAGAAUCAAACCUGUGUCCAUCGAUCUCCGUCUCCCGUCCCCCGUGACGGCGGCUGGGGCCCGUGGUCGGAGUGGAGCGAAUGUUCUCGAACGUGCGGCGCCGGCGUCUCCACGCAGUCGCGCGAGUGCAACAACCCAGAACCACAGAACAAUGGCAACUACUGUAUCGGUGAUAGAAGCCGAUACAAGAUCUGCAACACCGACCCGUGCCCUAUCAACGAGCCAUCAUUCCGAGAAGUGCAGUGCUCCAAACACAACAACAUGACGUAUAAGAAUGAAACUAUAUCUGAAUGGAUACCUUACUUCGAUCAAGACAAACCUUGUGAGUUACAAUGCGUGGCUCGCGACGGCAGUGAUGUGGAAAUGUUAGGCGGGUUCGUCGCCGACGGCACUCCUUGCAGACAAAGCAUCGGGGCAAGGGACAUGUGUAUCGCUGGUGUAUGCUACAAAGUUGGAUGUGACUGGAUAGUUGGGUCUGAUACGGAAGAAGACAAGUGCGGUGUGUGUGGUGGAAACGGGUCGGCCUGCAAGACUGUACAGGGCAUCUACAGUAAAGGAACUACUAAGCAAUCUGGCUUUAGCGAGGUUGCAGUCAUACCUGCAGGAUCAAGGAACGUAAAAAUCCAAGAGAAAGUAAAUCCUGGAAACUUCAUAUCUAUUGGAAGCGCUAAGUCGAAUAAAAUAUACCUGAAUGGAGCACGAAAUGCUACAUUGACGGAAUACUUUGUGGCUGGAACUCAGGCUAUCUACGAACGAGAUCGUGAUUGGGAGAAAGUACGAAUUGUUGGACCACUGGCUGAGGAUAUCAAAGUUUAUCAACGAAUAUACAGCGGCCGUCACCGCAACCCCGGCGUGACGUACCAAUACACGGUGGAUCGGCAGCGCAUGAGACGCCGGUACAAGUACCGUGUCUCCGAGUGGUCGGCUUGCUCCGUGUCGUGCGGCAUCGGGUACAUGAGGCGGAAGUAUGAGUGCGUCGAUGAUCAUAAUCGUACAGUGGACCUGUCCCAAUGCUACCACAACGAGUCUCCGCGUCACGAAGCUAUGAUGCAGCAGUGCAGACAGCCGGCCUGCCCCCCUCACACGUUGCAUACCCACUGGUGGGUCGGCGCCUGGAACCCUUGCUCCAAGCCCUGUCAUAUGCCGGGCGAGGAAAUCACGAAGCAACGCGGUGUAUACUGCGUAGACAAAUUAACGAACAAAGUGAUAGAGGACUCCGAAUGUGAUGCACUCAGUAAACCGAUUAGCACAAUCAAAUGUGCAGACGUACCAGCAUGUUAACGGAACGAUAUCACACGCCAUGGAAAUGAAUCCAUACGGAACACAUCGAUCAACGCGGUUUUAUGAUACACUAUCAUAUCACGCAGUUUCAAGCGAGUGUUCGCAAGUACACUCGAUAAGUCGUCAAUCCCUCGCGGCGACGGCUUGUGCCUGUACAAUCAGGUACAGCAGACAAUACGUAUCUGCUCAUCUUCGACAGAUAUAGGGUUCAGGAAGGAACGCAGACAGAACCGAGACAAAUGCAUUUGAACAGGUAGUGGUUGAGUGAGAUGUGAAGUGAUGCAAGUCAGUGUGGGACUCUAUAGAGCGACACUUGAAUCCAGUUAUGAGUGACUAUGAGCGCCAGUGUUUUGUUACGUAUUCUUUGCAAUAAGAAAUAACCCAUCGAAUAGACAUAAAUCAGUUACGUGUAAGUACUCGAAUAUCCCUACGUGGUGUGCGAAUCUCGCGAGUACGAUCAACAAUGCUCUGCAAUUACCACUUACUGCCAUAUUAUAAGUAACUAGGUUUAACAUAGUCUUCGCUUAGUUAUUAACUACUAAUAUAUUUUAUAUUCUGUAACAUCAGUAUUAAAGUGGUGUAUGUAUUUCUUUCAAAUAAUGCAAAUUAACGUAAUGUGAACGAGUAUAAGUUUAUAAUAAUUUUUUUGGACCAAAAAUAUUUUAGAAAUCAAAUUCACGUUGCCAUAAUCACUGUUACUGCCAAUAUGACACUUGUAUUAUAUAAGUAGGUAUUUACUUAAGUUCUUAUAUUUUAUGUAUUAAUGGAUUCAUAUUUUUGUACAAAUGAAUUAUUGAGUAUUUUGUAAUAUUUAAGUGGUUUGAUGGAACACGUAUUGUCACACUGGGUAUCCAUUAUGUUAGAGCUGAAAUCUGUUUAAUCGCUUGUAUUGUAUACCUAUAGACAAUAAAUGAAUCAGCUAGUCAAGAACUUAGGCAUUUGUACACCAGGCUAUUCACAGUUGUUUAAAUCCAUAUGUAAUUCGAAUAACAUAGAGUAGUAUUAGAAAUGUAGGAACUCUUUAUACGUAUCAAAUGUCUUGUACUAUAGAUUAAGUACCCUUCUAUGAUAAAGCUAGACAGAUAAUUUGCGUGUAUAAAAAUAUGGACUCUAUACAAUUGUGCCUAAUUCUGGAACAAAUGUGUCGAUAAUAUUUAUGAAUAUUAUUUAAGAAGCAUUGUUUGUGUCCUCCUUUAUGUGACUAUGCAUAAUUUUAAACAUUAGUAAUACUUUUAUUUAUCACCUACCUACUAUAAGUACGUAUAAUAUCAAUGUAAAUGAGUUUCUAGUUUUCUGAUGUUUCCGUUCUAAGAUGCAUCAGAAACGUCAAUCAAUUGAUACACAAUUUUAAUUAUGUAAUAAACUGCUUUAGAAACUAACCCUUAAGUGUGCACGAAUUACGUAUUAGACCAACAGGUUACAUUUCUAUCGAUCGUAGUGAAAUAUACCAUUGUACCAAUUAUAAUUGUGUAUGUAAUAGAUAUGGCAAUAAAAUCGUGCAUUGUUUUAAA